CGAGAGCUGCUCCAGCUCCUGUGGAAAGUGGUCGACUUGAGGAGUAAGGAGCUGGGGCACCUGCAUGACGUGCUGGUCCGGCCGGACCACCCGGAGCUGACGGCCGAGUGCCAGGAGAUCACCCAGGUGGAUGUGGAGAGCCUGGCACUGGCUCCACCGCUGGAGCAGGCAUUGAGACAGUUUAAUCAGUCCGUGAGCAAUGAGCUGAACAUCGGUGUAGGUACUUCCUUCUGUUUCUGUACGGAUGGACAGUUACACAUUAGGCAGGUUCUGCACCCUGAAACUUGCAAAAAGAAUAUUUUGCUGCCUGAAUGCUUCUACUCCUUUUUUGACUUGCGGAAAGAGUUCAAGAAGUGUUGCCCUGGCUCACCUGAAGUUAGCAAGCUCGAUGUUGCAGCCAUGACAGAAUAUUUAAAUCUUGACAAGAACAGUCCAGCAUUUCCCUAUGGAGCCUCUCAAGUUGAAGAUAUGGGGAAUAUUAUUUUAACGCUAAUAUCUGAACCACACAAUCACCGAUUUUCAGACCCAGAAAGAGUGAACUACAAAUUUGAAAGUGGGCCUUGCAGCAAGAUGGAACUUGUGGAUGACAACGCUGUUAUCCGAGCAAGAGGAUUGCCAUGGCAGUCAUCUGACCAGGACAUAGCGAGAUUCUUCAAAGGCCUAAAUAUUGCCAAGGGAGGUGCUGCACUCUGCCUCAAUGCCCAAGGCAGGAGGAAUGGGGAGGCUCUUGUGAGGUUCGUAAGCGAAGAGCAUAGAGAUCUAGCGCUACAAAGGCACAAGCAUCACAUGGGCAAUCGAUACAUUGAGGUAUACAAGGCAACAGGCGAAGACUUCCUUAAAAUUGCCGGAGGCACUUCCAACGAGGUUGCGCAGUUCUUGUCGAAAGAAAACCAAGUGAUUGUCAGGAUGCGAGGUCUUCCUUUCAAUGUAACAACAGAAGAAGUGCUGGCUUUCUUUGGCCAGCACUGCCCUGUAACAGGAGGAAAGGAGGGAGUUCUCUUUGUCACGUACCCUGACAGCAGGCCAACAGGGGAUGCCUUUGUCUUGUUUGCUUGUGAGGAAUAUGCACAAAACGCACUGAAAAAGCAUAAGGACUUGCUGGGGAAAAGGUACAUUGAACUUUUCAGGAGCACCGCCGCAGAAGUUCAGCAGGUGCUGAACAGGUAUUCUUCCACACCUCUCAUUCCUCUCCCAGCAGCACCUAUUCUUCCAGUAUUACCUCAACAGUUUGUGCCUCCCAGUAACAUCAGAGACUGCAUACGUUUGCGUGGUCUUCCCUAUGCUGCUACUAUAGAGGACAUCCUGGAAUUCUUGGGAGAGUUUUCUACAGAUAUUCGGACCCAUGGAGUUCACAUGGUACUAAAUCACCAGGGGCGUCCAUCGGGAGAUGCUUUUAUUCAGAUGAAAUCUGCAGACCGAGCUUUUCUAGCUGCUCAGAAGUGUCAUAAGAAGACUAUGAAGGACAGAUAUGUUGAAGUCUUUCAAUGUUCUGCUGAGGAGAUGAACUUUGUAUUAAUGGGGGGCACUUUAAAUCGAAAUGGCUUGUCCCCACCACCAUGCCUUUCACCCCCUUCCUACUCCUUUCCAGCUCCUGCUGCAGUUGUGCCAACAGAAGCUGCUCUGUAUCAGCCAUCCAUGCUCCUGAACCCACGAACGCUCCAGCCCUCCGCUGCCUACUACCCUGCUGGGGCUCAGCUCUUCAUGAACUACACAGCAUACUACCCCAGACCAUCUCUGCUAUCUAGUGGAGCCUGCAAUGAAGAAUUAUUCAUAAAGUAUGCAGCAGAGGAUGGACUUGUACACACAAGUGAUCUGGCCAGGACAGUGUCUAAAGAAUGGAUUUGCAUUUAA